UGAGUCUGUGAGACGGGCUGGACACUGACUAUAACUGCCAAGUCAUAGUGAUGGGAGCCACCAACCGUCCUCGGGAUCUUGACUCUGCAAUCAUGAGAAGAAUGCCAACCCGGUUUCACAUCAACCAGCCGGCUCUGAAACAAAGAGAAGCAAUCUUGAAGCUAAUUUUGAAAAAUGAAAAUGUGGACAGGCACGUAGAUCUUCUGGAAGUUGCUAAAGAGACUGACGGUUUCUCAGGCAGUGACCUGAAGGAAAUGUGCCGGGAUGCAGCACUGCUGUGUGUCAGGAAAUACGUUAACUCUGCCUGUGAGGAGGAGACCCAUGACGAAGAUGAAAUUCGGCCUGUGCAGCAGCAGGAUCUCCACCGGGCAAUUGAGAAGAUGAGGAAAUCAAAGGAUGCCACGCUGCAGAACGUUUUGAUGCACGUUAGUUUAGAUUAAGACAAGGAGCACAGGAGCGGUUUCAGCCAUAAUUUCAUUUGACUUCUGUAAUCAAUUAGCAAAAAACAUGAGGGGUUGGAGCAGGGAGAUGUUCCUUGAGUCCUACUUCUGGGAAUUGUUUUUAUACAACAAAUUCUAAGUUAUUGAGAUUCUGUUAUGCACAACUAGAGGUGUACCAGUGGGUCAGGAAGCAGAACAGUG